AUGGCUCGUUUGCUUGCUUUUGCGCUCCUCGCUGCGACCACCAAUGCUCAGCUUCACCGGCGUGACGCCCCACCAGCAUUCUCAAAACCCGCGAGUACCGCAGUCGAUUUCGUUGACCCCUUCAUAGGAAAUGGCGGGGACUCUCCCAACGGAUCUGGAGGCAUGAUACCUUCUACUGCGCCUCCCUUUGCCAUGACCCGCUGGGUCGCUCAAACUCGUCAGAACUAUGUUUCCGUCACACCGUACAACUACACGGACACCUCCAUCCAUGGAUUCCAGGGGACACAUCAACCUGCUAUCUGGAUGGGCGAGAGUGGCCAAGCAAUCAUCGCCCCCGGUGCUGGUACUGUACGACCCAUCUUCGAGGACCGCGGGAUGUCCUUCAGUCACGCCAAUGAGGUUGCGACCGCGGGGUACUACUCUGUCCUUCUCGACUCUAUCGAGGGCGGGACCAUACACGGCGAGCAGUCUGCCACGUCUCGCGUCGGCCACCUCCGCUUCACAUUCACAAACACCGCCGCGCCCUACGUCCUCGUCGAGGCGACGCGCGCAUCUGUCAUGGGCUCCGACGAUCCUACCAACGUCACCUACCCACUCGGCGCGAUCGCCAUCGACCCCGCAAAGCGCGAGAUCAGCGGUCGCAACCCGGAACGGCAGGACUUCAUCAUCGGUCCCAACUCCGCACCCUCGUUCAACGGGUACUUCGUCGCGCGCUUCAACAAGCCGUUCGAGAGCUUCGGCACGGCGCAGAACGGCUCGGUUGCGGAGGGCGCGACGGAGGGCGCGGGCGCGCUCUUGUCCGCGUUUGCGCGCUUCGCGGAGAACACGAAGGUAGUGGACGUGCGUGUGGGGGUGUCGUUCAUCUCCGUCGAACAGGCACGGAAGAACCUGGACGCUGAGGUCCCGGACGGGACGACACUUGAGCAGACGGUGGAGAAAACGCGCGCAGCGUGGGUGGAAAAGCUCGACCUCGUCCAGAUCGAGGGUGCCAGUGAGGACGAGAGCGUCAUGUUCUACACGGGCAUCUUCCGCACUCUGCAGUACCCGUACGAGCAGAGCGAAGAUGGCGAGUACUACUCUGGAUAUGACGACAUGGUGCACGAGGGGGAGUCCUACACUGGUUACUCGAUCUGGGACACCUUCCGUGCCGAGUGGGCGUGGCAGAUUCUCCUUGCUCCCGAGCGCAUCCCGGGAAUGGUUACCAGCAUGCUCCAGGACUACACCGAGGGAGGCUGGUUGCCCAUGUGGAAGAACAUUGUUGAAACCAACAUCAUGGUUGGAACUCAUGCUGACUCUUUGAUUGCUGAGGCCGUUAUCAAAGGCAUCACUGACUUCGAUAUCAACACCGCCUACGCGGCCGUCCACAAAGAUGCGACCGUGCCUCCAGAGAACGACUGGAAUACUUCCUACUUCGACCGCGAAGAGAAUGUCGGCUACGAAGUCCGCGCUGGCCUGUCUUCUGUCUACGAGGCCGAUGGCUUUGUGGCCUCCGACAUACACUCCGAAGCCGCCUCUCGCACGCUUGACUACGCCUACGACGACUACGCACUCUCCGUCCUCGCGGCGGCGCUCGGUAAAUCCGAGGACUCGGCCCACUUCCGCGCCCGGGCUUUCUCUGCGCCUUUCACGAUCUUCAACAACGACACGGGCUUCAUGGAGGCGCGCAACGCGAGCGGCGCGUGGGCGGGCCAGGACGCGGGCUGGACCGAGGGCGACAUGUGGGCGUACACGUUCGACGUCGUGCACGAUGUCCCGGCGCUCAUUCAGAGACGUGGUGGGAACGCGAGCUUCGUCGCGUUCUUGGACCAGCACUUUGACGGCGGGCACAACGAUCACACCAACGAGCCCUCGCACCAUAUUCCAUACUUCUAUUCGCUUGCCGGCGCGGCGUCAAAGUCACAGUCGCGCAUUCGCGAGAUCGCCAAAGACAAUUACAACGCCUCCGUGAACGGUCUAUCUGGCAACGAAGACUGCGGGCAGAUGAGCGCGUGGUACAUAUUCAGCGCGCUGGGCUUCUACCCCGUCGACCCCGUGUCCGCCGAAUACGUGAUUGGAACACCGUUCUUCGACAAGGUCACGAUCGCCCUCCCCGGCGCGCCCAAGCCGCUCGUUAUCACCUCGCCCGGCGCGCCCUUCAAGCCGUACAUCAAGAGCGUGUCCGUCAACGGCCGCGAACUCGCGCAGCCGAUCCUGACGCACGCGGACAUCGCCCGCGGGGGCACGAUCGAGUUCGAGAUGAGCGAUGCACCGCAGGCGUGGUGCUCCGCGACGCUCGCGAAGGGAGAAAAGAGGUAUGAACACGUCGAGCUGUGA